GCGAUAUCGAUCAACAUCAGUACAGUGCGUCAAAGAGGUAGGCCUAUAUUUCGCAAUUUCCUACAAACGGAGUUGGUGAUGUUGCAAGGAAAAAUAUCGCAAAAUGAUUUUUAGUGCGGACAUUGGUUGAUGCGGCACUGCACUUGGCACAUCACAACAACCAAUCUAACCGUGUUUUUAUAUCGGCCGCAUAUUACUUUAAGAAUUAGUACAGUAACAAGUUAGAAUUGACUCGUGAAAGUUACUACCGCCUGAUAGUGAUAAAUAAAAAUAUAUUCGACAUUACUGAGUACUAACAUUAUAUCAGAGGCCAGCUAGGGUCGAAUAAGAUAUCGGCAUAAAUUGGCCAUGGAGCAUUUUUUGUUUAACGUAAUCGUGCUUGCAUGUUUGUCAUUGAGUGCUGGAUCGAAGAUGUCAAGCGCCUCCAGAUUCUGCGUCAUCGAGAACCGUGUCGGGAACCAGACGAUUGGGGCGAAACGGCUGCUUGCUUUCAGAUCCAACACGGUCACUUCUUCUGUCUCUGUCGAAGUCAGCUACGGAAAUGCCGACUUUGUUGCCUCGUCGGGAUGGAGCCCGUGGAAGACGCUGGGUGCGCCAUCGUCCAGCAAGCCGCUGUCAAACCCGUCCUGCAUUUUCACUGAACAAAAUCAAACCCAGAUUUUUGUACAAGCAUCCGAUGGGCAGAUAUACUCUGCCACUCAAGACAAGGUGAAUUUUUUGGACUUCUCCGCUUGGAAGAAAGUUGGCAUCAAUGCCAUUCCGGCAAAUCAGCCCAAGCAACCUAUGAUUUUCGACUCUGUGACGGCAGUCUGGUUUGGCAAGGAACUGAUGGUCUUUGCUCGCUCUAUCAGUGUGACAUCAAGGCUGUACUGGUGUAAAGGCACUGCUACCAGCUGCAGGUGGGGUCUGGUAGCAGGCAGUGCCCUCCUUGGUACUGAUGCAACGAUGAUAAAGAACACUUACACCACCAAGUACGAAGGUUUCAUGAUCUCUCCUGCUGGCAGGAUGCACAGGACUUGGCAACACUCCGGUGGCAACAGCUUCAAAGCAUGGAAGGCUAUGUCCUCUUCACCUACAUUCUCCAUUCUCGCCAGACCCAUGGCCCAGACAAUGGGGUACAACUACCGCAACGGGAAGAUCAUGAUUGGAGCUGUCGGGCGGGGUGGCUAUGUAUACAGGUGCGCCCAAGCUGCGUGUGACAUGGUGGAUAAUCCCUGGAGUUACUGCACGUGGGGAUCAUGGACUCAGACUGGCAAGAAGAUUCCAUUUGAACAGAAAGGGGUGCAAAAUAACUUGGUCAUGAGUAGGAAUUUACACUAUGGAGUAGAAAUAUUUGCAGUGGAACUAACAAAUGGGCAAUUAUGGCAAACUUGGCAACCCUCUAGGGAUACAUCAUGGAAUGUUUGGAGAAAGAUUCCUCAUAACCUAACCACUGCAGCGUUCAUCAAUAACCCAUACUUCCGGGUUAAUGACGCCGGUUGGUGGAUAGCGUAUGGUCUGAAUGACAAGGAUCAGGUCAUCGAGGUAUCCUCAUCACAUUCCAUGAGCAUUAGUUCCAAGAGAGUAGCCUGGGCCGGGAAGCUGGUCGUGUCCUGGGCCAUUUCUGAAGACCAGGCUUCGAGGAAAGACUGGAUUGGAAUAUUUCCAAAGGGAGCAAGGGACAAUCAGUACCUGGACUACAGAUACGUGCAAGGUGGGCAGAAUCCUGGAAGUCGCCCAGUAAGCAAAGGGGAUGUUUCGAUGUCCUCUAACCUUCCGAAUGGAUCCUAUCAAGUCAGAUACCUGAUGAACAGGAAAUACACCAGCAUCAUGGAGUUAGAUGUAACCUAUUACAAUGAAUCUGGCGAGUCGGAUUUGAUGCAGCUCUUCCGUGGUAUAUACAUAGGUUUGGAAAUUGGUCCUGAUCACUUUCGAGAAUGCGUAGAGGAGACCCUUCACACUGUUCAGAUGUUCAGAGAUGCCUUCAUUGCAUUCAAUUUAGGAGAGGUAUAUCAAGGUCUCCAACUACUUGGUACAGCUCUUGAAGACAUUGCCCAGUCUCUAACAAAGUGCAACGAACUCAGGAUCGCCCAGAAACUCCUCGAAUACAUCAAAGACCUACUCUCUUGCAUGAUGGGGAACUGUUUGAAGUUCACCAUCGACAUGCUAGAGGAGCUUUUGAUUCUGUUCCUGCAUAGAUACGAGAUUUACGGGGAUAUCCAGGCAGCCACGAACAGCUUCGCGCAUGGUGCGUAUCAGCAAGGUGGGUUGAGCAUCGGCAGGUUUGUCAUCGCUUGCUUGUUCCUUGAGGACUCUAGCUUGCUGCUGCACGGAGGAAGGCAGGGGGCGGCGUUGCUUGAUGCUGUGAGUGUGAAUCUCAUUGAAAUGGAGGAGGGAAGGAAUGGCACUCACUCCGGUAGCCAAGCGAUCAUGAAGCGAUCAAGGAAGGAUACUGGAAGCGCAGCUUCGCAGGAGAUCAGAUUCAUGAAGAUGCAUGGAAUAAAUGACACUCUAUCCGGUAGCCUAGCGGUCAUGAAGCGGAUGAGGAAUAAUACCAGAAGUGCUUCCCAGAAGAUGAUACUCUUGGAGAUGCAUGGAGCAAACAUCUUUCAUUCUGGUAACAAGAAGGGUGGAAAGCCAGUGGAAGAUGGCAUCGGGAUUGCUCUGAAGCUCAUGGGCAAAGUCCGUAAUCCGAAGAGAUCAGUGUGAAUAGGUAGGGGGAAGAAGAGUGAUGAGAACAGCGAGGAAGGAAUGGCUGAAUGUAUUGAAAUUUGAUUUGGACAUUGCGGAUAAUAUCACAUUAAAGGGAUCAUUUAACUUUGUGAGCAGCUGAUUUUAAAAAUUCUCAAACUGAGACAAAACAUGUGUAUGAGUGCCUGUAUUUGUCCUAAAAAACCCUUAAAUAGGCCACAAUAUAGGAUGAAAAACUCUAAUUUAGAUACAAGUAGCAAUUUAGUAGCUUGAUUUUGAGAACCGUCUAGUAGAUGGGUUCCAGCUUAUGACCAGUUUUCUGCAAUUCGAAAAGUCAGUUGGCUAUGUAGACUACCUUCUGCUGUGUGUACCUCCUACACACACGCUAUUAUUAGCUGCACUGUACAUUCAGUGUACACCUUUUACACAACUGUAUGUACAGUGUAGGUCGUGCUGUGUUCUAGAGCCUGAGGGUGUUGUGUUGCACAGAUUCGUUCUAUACGCAUAGUCAUUGAAACCAACUCACAACUAUUUUCAAACUUUGGUUUACAUCUCCAAGGUUUUAAAAUUGAUCCUGUAAAUAUAAUACUUUGAAACUUUUGGGAUGGUUUGUUACACUAUAAGCCUAACGUUUAGCCCAUUUUCAAGAACCAAAAUGAGAAUUCUUUAAAUCAGAACAAAGUGAAAUGAUCACUUGAAAAGCCUGUCUUUAGUUUUGGUAAAGCUUUCCACAAUUCCACUUCACUAUUACAUGUCCCUACUUGAUCAUUUUGAUGCCUGUGCCACAAAGUGGGUGUGGUGUGAAUGAUUUCAACCGAAAAUGUGUUUUAUUGGAUAACUUACCGUUACUGAUCCAAAAAAUAGAAUAUCUGAGGGGUCUUUUUAGGGGAUGCAUGUGUGGAUGUCAAGACCUUCUGAAGCAUGAAUGGACUGAAAAUUUCAGUAAAAAUGCAUGAACUUUUUCAGUAGUUUUGUAAUAUACAUUUAGGAAAUAUCUAAAGUAAAUGCUCAAAUGCUAGGCUUCAGUUAGUGAAAGAUAUUGCGAUUCAGUGUAAAUUUGAAUGUUUUUUUUCUUUAAAAAGCACAGUAUAUUGCAUUAAUAUUUUUAUAAUGUUAUAUUGCAGUACGAAAUAUAAGGUAAUAAUCAUGAAUCGCACAAUAGUUUAUGACAAGGGUAUAGUGUCUGGAAUUAUGUCUUUCAUUACUGAGAUAACAGUCACUAUACAUGGUAUAUGUUCAUUCCAGUUUACAUUUUCAUCUAUUGUAAACACCUAAAGACUUUGUUUCUCGUUUUCUUUUGAGAAGAAAAUUACUUAUGGUUAUACUCGAUAGUCUGGUAUGACUUAAAUUUAGUGACUCUUUAUCAGACUUCAUAAGGCUUUAAUCAUACAUUCAUGUCUUUCUUUUGAUAGUAUUUCGGAAAUAGUACUUUUAACAAUCAUGCCUUCAUGAUGAAAUUUACCAUUGUUAUAUGUAGAAUACUUGGAAUAAAAAGGCAAGUU